UGGUUGACGUCAGAGCUGCAGUGGGGCUGCGGAGUCUUGACCAGCCCCUUGACAGUCGGCAGCCCAGUCGCAUCUGGGAGCCCGCGUCGAGCGACACGCGCUCCUCUGAGCUCCUCUCUUCUGUCCCCGGCGGGUGUGGCCGGGGGUGUCUGGCGGCUUCGGGACCCUCGCGGCGCGGCGGAACCCAAGCGGCGGGCAGCGCGCUCAGGCCGGCAGCGGCCGGCCGCGGCCCGGAAGGAGGGCAGGCGGCUUCCACGGAGACGCUUGUCCAGAUUGGUGCAGCUGAAGACCUGCCUGAUCUUCUAUACUCAAGUUUGACCAUUUGAGCUCAGCCAGUAGCCUCCUGACUGACUAGUUAAGAUGCAGAAAAGACAAGGGUACUGCAGCUAUUGCCGUGUGCAGUAUCCUAACCUGGAACAGACCCUCACUAAAGGAAAAACUAAAAGGAGUUCUUCAGGCAGAAGGAAAAUGAUUCCAGAUGGAAGCUCAGAGCUAUCAGGAAGUAAUGAAGAACAAUGGACAGCACUUGUUCAGUGCUCAGCAUAGAAGCCUGACCAGACAGAGCCGCCGUCGGACAGCCACCAGUAACACUUUGAUGGAACGUUUCCUGCAGGAUGUACUUCGACACCAUCCGUACAAUUACCAAGACAACAACGGACCUGCACCAGACGAGGCAGCGGCGGCAGCAGCUGGAGCAGUAGAGGGAGCAGCCAUGGCGGAGGGAGCGGCGGCGGAGGGAGCAGUGGCGGCAGCAGCAGCGGCGGCCGAGGGAGCAGCAGCGGCAGCAGCAGCAGCAGCAAAUCCUGAGUCACCUGAAGUGGUCGUUUUGGAUGACUCCGAUGAAAAGGAGGAUGAUACUACAGAGAGCACUGGAGAGCAGAACUCGGAGGAUUCGGAAUCUGUUGAAGAGAUAGAUUGUAGACCUGGUACUUCCCAGGAGUGUGCAGAGGUUGCGGUUCGACCAUCGGUUAUUCAAAGGCUGGAGCGGGGGCAGCAGCAGCCCUUGGAGUUGGCUCAGGAAGUUGAGAGUGGUGUGGAAAGAGUUAAUUCAGUCGGUGUUCAGGCUACAACUAGUGGAAAAGAGUUAGUGCGUCCCCCAGUGAUUUGUAAUGCUCCUGCCAGAUCUUUGCCUAGAGGCUCUGAGAGACCAGUUGCGGCUACCAGUGCUCCUCGGUUAGUACUGGCAGUUGCUUCAGAUUCCUUUCCAGCUUGUGACACAGAAAACCUUGAAACAUACUUUGACUCCCCAGAUCAGGGCACUAGCAAUCCGCCAUCUCAACCCGAAACUAAAGACCCGAAAAAGAAACCUUUAAACAUAAAUUUAGACAAAUUGCUUGCACAGAAAAAUCUCAGAGCUCAGGGUGCGUCUUUUUCCCCCGUUGUACGAGUUCGUGAGUUAACAGGUGAUGAGCUUUGUUCUGUAAGAGCUGGGCCGUCUUCUGAGGCAGGGGAAGGCACAUCGGGAAACCCCAGUGAGACUGACACACUAGCACGAGCACUUCGUGAAGGUGCCAUUCCAAAGCGUCGUGGUGAGGCAUCUCGUUCAAAUGUGGUUCGUCCCCGAGAAGAGACAUGUUUGGUCUUUAACAGACAGGAACGCCCAGUGAGUUCUGAAGUGACUUUCCAGCGUGGCUCUCUUCAGCUGGUACCUGGUCAUUCCCAAGCUGCAGUACACGACUUACGUUAUCUGGAGGAGGAAGAGGAGGAAGAAGAGGAAGAAGAGGACGAAGAGGGACCCGAUCAAGAAGAUGAGAGCUACGAGUCUAGAGGUUCUGACACGAGUUUUGAUUCUGAGUCCUCUGGUCAGUCUCCGAGUGCCCUAUCUGAACUGACGGCUAGAGAGAUAAAUGGAUCAGAAGAAACACAUGCUGACAAUGUACAGCCUCAGGAUGAAACACCUACUGUUUCUGGAGCACCUUCAGACAAUGGCAGCAGUUCUCAUCAGGUGUCUACCAACCGUUCUCCAGUGAUUACACAGAACAUACAGCUCAUCAGUCUGGUCGAUGAAAGCUACGAGUCUAGUGGCUCUGAAGAGAAUUUUGAUGGCGAUGACUCUCUUCCGUCAACUAGUCACCAUCCUCCACAGCCUAUGAGAGCAGCAAGCCUUCGUACACAGAUGGCCAUCCGUCUGGUUGACAGCUAUGGAAGCGGCAGCUCUGAAGCAUGUGAAGAUUCUGGGUCCUCAGCUGAUGAGACUCCAGCAGCAGCAGCAGCAGGACAGCAACAGCCUCCGAAGAAUGCCCAUGCACACCUGGUUGAUGAGAAUUACGGGUCAAGUAGCUUCAGUUCUGACAGUGACGCGGCUCCCCAAAUGCCCGCUCAAGAAAGAAGCCCCAGAGACAGAGCUGGCCAACAGGAAAAUGAACCCCAACCCAGUAGUGCUGAAGCACAACCUGAACGUGAUGGUUCUCUUGAGACAGUGGCUGAUGAACCCCAGAGAGAAGCAGAAGAAAUAAAUGUUCCGAACCAGAGUACCAGCCGUGGGGAUAUGAACUGUGAGUCUCAUGGUCCUGAAAUGGGUUUUCAUGCUGAUGCUCAAUUAGAGGCUGAUCAAUCUCCACUAAAUCCUGAGGAAGUAGAUCUUGACCUAGAAAAUCAGAGUGUUCACUCUGGCAUUUCUAACCUAAGUUCUGAUUCCCGUGCUUCUUAUCAGUCAGCUAAUGAUCAACCUCAAGGGGCUUGGGGUGAAGUAAAUCUUGAUGAGUUAAAUGUCGACAUGGAAGUUAAGAGCAAUGGGUGCUCCAGUUCUGAGUUGACAUUUGAUUCCGAUUCCCCUCUUCUGUCAGUUACUGAGCGGUCUCUGCUGGAUGUUGAAGGAAUAAACGAAGAUGACUUUAACCUGGAAGAUGAAAGCUGUGUGUCAAGUAGUUCUUACAUAACUUUUGAUUCUGAUAUUCCCGAUGACUCAGUAGCUGACCAACCUCAAGUAGCUGUUUAUGAGGAGGAACCUGUUGAUCUGGAAAAUAAGAGUAAUGCAUCUUGUGUUUCCGAAAUAACAUAUGAUUCUGAUAUUCCUCUUCAUUCAGGAAAUGAUCACCCUGAAGUAGCUGUUAAAGAAGUAAUCAUUCAGGAAGAAGAAAACGUUCAUUUAGAAGGGAAGAAUGACAGUCCCAGUGGUUCUGAAAUAUGUUUGGAUUCUAAUGCCCCUCUUCAUUCAGUGACUAAUUCUGAUGUAGCUGUUGAAAAGAUAAAUUUCCCUAACGAUGAGCAGGUUCACAUAGAACAGAAGGAAAAUGAACCUACUGAUUCUGAACUAGACACUCUUAACUCAAAGCCUGGACGUUCUGAAGAUCCUAUUAUAGUACGUGCUUCUGAAACAACACUGGAUUCUCAUAUCCCCUUUCAGUCAGUUAUUCGCAAAUGUGAAAUAAUUGUCAAAAAUGUAUGCCCUCCAAAAGAAAAGCAUGCUCAAUUGCCAAGUCAAAGCACGGAGUCUCAUUCUGAAAUCAAUUCAGCUUCUUCUUCUGCUCCUCAAGCAGUGACAGAACCUUACGUAGGUAAGAAAGCCAAGAGAAAGACAAAGCAUCUUGAGGAAGUCAAGAGCGAUGAUGAAUAUGACUGUCCACCAACUUUCCAUUCUGAUGGUUUGCCUCAGUUAAUGACUGAAAAACCUCAACCAGCUGCUUUGAAUGAGGACCAUGCUGACCCAAAGGACGAGAGCACUGACGGCAGUCUGAAUGCUUCUGGUUGUCUUGAUUCAGUCAUUAGCCAACCUCAGCCAGCUGAGAAGGAAGACCAUGUUGAACUGGAAGACACAAACGGCCAACCCAGUGAUUCUAAAGCAAGUGUUGAUUCUCCUAGCCACUGUCAGUCACCACCUAAAGACGAUGUGAUCACAAAAAUGAGCCAGUGGAAAAACGAGGCAAAGGACCUUGAAAAGAAGAUCAGUGAACUUAUUUAUUCAAAACUAAUGCAUGAUUCUAGUGUUUCUUUUCGUUCUGCAAUGGAUCACCUUGAACUAGCUCUUAAACAAAUAAAUCUUGAUAGUAAUGAUCAAUUGCCCUCAGAAGAUAACAGCCAGGAUGCCAGUUCUGAAACAAAUUUGCACUCAGAUUUGUCAGUCCAGGCAGUAGUUGGAGCACCUGAGAUAACUGUUUCGGAGCCUGAACACGUUGAACUUGAAGGUAGGAAUAAUGAGUCUUGUGAUUCUAAUGACUCUGCCCAAUCAGAGGCUGAUCAGCAUAGUGACAGUGAGGAAGACCAAAGUCAGAAGGAUAAAGAGGACACGGAGGGUAAGAAGGAUGAGGUGCAGGGUUUGGGAAAUACAUGUGUUUCCAAUGUCCCUGAGCCAUUGGCUGGCCAAACUGAAGUUGAAGUAGUUCAGGAGAGCAGCCAUUGGAAGGAGCAGGGGGAUUUGGAAGAUACAGUUGGUGAAUCUAUUGACUCACAAAGCAACUUGCAUUCUGAUGAACCACUCCAGUCUGUGACUAAUACAACCCAAGAGCCUGCUCAAGAAAUACAUUUACUGAGGGGACAUGUUAGACCACAUGAUAGUGACUGUGAGCCCUGUGACUCUGAAAUAGUGGCUAUUUCAAAUGUCAUUUUUUGCUCAGUGACUCGGAAACCACAGUGUUUGCAAACAGAGUGUACCAGUUUGAAAGUAAAGAGCAGCAGUCCUUGUGGUCCUGAGGUGAGUGUUGAUUCCCAUGACGGUCCUGAAACGAGUUUGGAUUCCAGUGAUCCUUGUCAGUCAGUAGCAGGCCAUCCUCAGAAAACUGUCAAGGAAAUGACUCUGAAGGAAGACCAUAUUUACCUGGAAGAUAAGAGCUACAGGCUAGUUGAUUUUGAACCAACUUACUAUCCUGAUGAUCCUGUUCAGUUGCUGACAUAUCCAUCUGUGGAGGAUGCGUCUAUCACAGAAGUAAACUUGCAAAGAGAGACUCAUAAUGACCUAGAAAAUGAGACCUUCCAGCCAUGUUGUUCUGAAGUACCAUGCAGUUCUGGUGUUCAUCUACAGUCAGAAGUUGACCCACCUCAAGUGGCUUGCACAGUAGCAGAUCUUGAGAAGAAAGAGCCUGACAUAGAAGAAAAGUACAACGAGUCUUGUGAGCCAGAAAUGCUGUAUGAUUCUGACGUCUCUUUUCAGAUAGUAGUUAACCAGCUUCAAACAGCAGAUGAUGGAGAAGCAGAUUCACCACAGGUGGUGUUUGUGGAUGUUGUGGCCAGUGAUAGUGAUUGUGACCGGGAAGUAAUUUCUGAUUCAAAUAUCCCUCUUCAGCUAGAAACUGAGCCACCUCAGUUGACUGCCAGAGAAACCAAUGAGAUAAACACGGAUUCUGCUGGUUCUGCAGCAAUGGAAAAGUACUAUUGCAGAUUCUGUGGUUGUGAUUAUGAAGCCUCUCAGUCAGUGACAAAUCAGUCCAAGGAAAGUUUCAAAAUAAUAAAUCGGAAGAAUGACUACAUUAUUCUGGGAGAUUCCACUUGUUCAUCUUGUGGUCAUGAACUCAAUUUCAAUGUUGAUGCCUCUGAACAGCCCACUACCUGCCAGUUACAAGAGCCUGAUGGUAAUUGUAUUGCCCCAGAAGUUACGAACUAUGACUCUAAUUGUCCUGAUGCCUCUGAACAGCCCACUACCUGCCAGUUACAAGAGCCUGAUGGUAAUUGUAUUGCCCCAGAAGUUACGAACUAUGACUCUAAUUGCCAUGAUGCCUCUGAACAGCCAACUACCUGCCAGUUACAAGAGCCUGAUGGUAAUUGUAUUGCCCCAGAAGUUACGAACUAUGACUCUAAUUGCCAUGAUGCCUCUGAACAGCCAACUACCUGCCAGUUACAAGGAACUGAUCGUAGUUCUGUUGACCCAGAAGUUAAGAAGAAUGUCUCUAAUCCUCAUAAAAGACGUUUCACCUCGGAAGAUACUGUCAGAAGUGCCAGUCCUUGGAGAGAGCCAAGAAGUCUUACCUGUCGAGACAGGAACUGGGAGUCUAGCUGUUUUGCACCAGGCUCUUCUUUCUGUUCUGUGUCAGUGAUGGGCCGGACAACUGUGAUGCAUAUCCCUUUGAAGAUACCGGACGAGGAUCUAGAAAAUCCAUCUGACCUGCAUAUUUACUAUGAUUCUGACAAUGAUGAACCUCAGCCUGCCAAGAAAGCACGCUCCAGUAAGAAGGUAACUUUUGACAUGAAAGUAACUAAGUAUGAAUAUGAAGAAUUUGAGGAAAUGGAAGAAGAGGAAGAGUUUGCAGAACUAUUUCUUGAAGUGCCACCUCAGGGCCUCCCUCCAUUGGUUGUUGUAACACCUCGGUGUCAGAUGAGCGAAACUCCAUUGGUUGUUGUAACACCUCGGUGUCAGAUGAGCCAAACUCCAUUGGUUGUUGAAACACCUCGGUGUCAGAUGAGCGAAACUCCAUUGGUUGUUGAAACACCUCGGUGUCAGAUGAGCGAAACUCCGUUAGUUGUUGUAACACCUCGGUGUCAGAUGAGUGAAGCACAAUCAGUUGUUGGAACAGCUUGGUCUCAGAUGAGUGAAACCCCAUUGGUUGUUGAAACACCUCGAUGUCAGGUGAGGGAAGCAGGAUCAGUUGUUGUAACACCUCGGUCUCAGAUGAGCGAAACUCCAUUGGUUUUUGAAGCACCUCCAUGUCAAAUGAGUGAAGCACGAUCAGUUGUUGGAACAACUCGGUCUCAGAUGAGUGAAACCCCAUUGGUUGUUGAAACACCUCGGUGUCAGAUGAGGGAAGCAGGAUCAGUUGUUGGAACAACUUGGUCUCAGAUGAGUGAAACUCCAUUGGUUGUUGAAACACCUCGGUCUCAGAUGAGCGAAACUCCAUUGGUUUUUGAAGCACCUCCCUGUCAAAUGAGUGAAGCACAAUCAGUUGUUGGAACAGCUUGGUCUCAGAUGAGUGAAACUCCAUUGGUUGUUGAAACACCUCGGUCUCAGAUGAGCGAAACUCCAUUGGUUUUUGAAGCACCUCCCUGUCAAAUGAGUGAAGCACAAUCAGUUGUUGGAACAGCUUGGUCUCAGAUGAGCGAAACUCCAUUGGUUUUUGAAGCACCUCCGUGUCAAAUGAGUGAAGCACGAUCAGUUGUUGGAACAACUCGGUCUCAGAUGAGCGAAACCCCAUUGGUUGUUGAAACACCUCGGUGUCAGAUGAGGGAAGCAGGAUCAGUUGUUGGAACAACUUGGUCUCAGAUGAGUGAAACUCCAUUGGUUGUUGAAACACCUCGGUCUCAGAUGAGCGAAACUCCAUUGGUUUUUGAAGCACCUCCCUGUCAAAUGAGUGAAGCACAAUCAGUUGUUGGAACAGCUUGGUCUCAGAUGAGUGAAACUCCAUUGGUUGUUGAAACACCUCGGUCUCAGAUGAGCGAAACUCCAUUGGUUUUUGAAGCACCUCCCUGUCAAAUGAGUGAAGCACGAUCAGUUGUUGGAACAGCUUGGUCUCAGAUGAGCGAAACUCCAUUGGUUGUUGAAACACCUCGGUGUCAGAUGAGCCAAACUCCAUUGGUUGUUGAAACACCUCGGUCUCAGAUGAGCCAAACUCCAUUGGUUGUUGAAACACCUCGGUGUCAGAUGAGGGAAGCAGGAUCAGUUGUUGUAACACCUCAGUCUCAGAUGAGUGAAACUCCAUUGGUUGUUGAAACACCUCGGUGUCAGGUGAGGAAACCACGAUCGGUUGUUGGAACAGCUCGGUCUCAGAUGAGUGAAGCUCCAUUGGUUGUUGAAACACCUCGGUGUCAGAUGAGGAAACCACGAUCGGUUGUUGGAACAGCUCGGUCUCAGAUGAGUGAAGCUCCAUUGGUUGUUGAAACACCUCGGUGUCAGGUGAGGAAACCACGAUCGGUUGUUGGAACAGCUCGGUCUCAGAUGAGCAAAGCAGGAUCGGUUGUUGGAAAAACUCGGUCUCGGAUGAGGAAAAAUGAGGUGAAAAGCAACGCACAGGAAUCUCAAGGUCAUCUCUCCAGUUGCUCUAAGACCAAGAUAAUUCUUCUGGGUGCAAAAGAAAAGACUGCCUGCUCUGACAAUAACCAGAGCACAUCAGUUCUUGCAUUGCCACAUCUUGAAUAUAUUGAAGGUCAAGUUGGAGACACCAAUGAUGUCUCAGUGGCUGUAGGUAAACCGUCUUGUUCCCUAGCAGAGGGGCUCCAUCAGCAACAUGGGCAUGUGGCUUCUGAGAACCAGGUAGAAGGAGUCAGAUGUGGAACUCAAGCAAGGUCUCGGAAGAAAAGAAAAACGGCAGGACAAGAACAAUUAACAAAAGGGAAGCAUUCCCAACCUGACAGCCAGAAAAAGAAAACCCGAACUAAGAAAACAAAGUCACCCAAACCACAAACUAAAGCUUCGGAGCCUGUACAGCCCGAUAACUUAGUCUCUAUUUUUUCUUCUCUAACUAUGAAGGAAGAUCAGUCUUUGAAACUGCCUAGAAAGAGGGCUGGCAGGGAGAGGGACUUACGACUCUUAUACAGUUGUAAAGAGCACAGCGCUCCUAGCCCAGUACAUAAGAAACCUGUGACUAAUCCUCCCCAGACUGCAGCGGUUGCAGACCAGGACAAACGUGAGGUAGCUGGCAGUGGUCUCAGCAAGACUGACCCCACGCCCAGUGCAGGAGAGAGUGGUGCUGACAGACCAAGCGUGGUUUCGAGAGCCAUUCUGGCAAUGCCGAAGAAAAGAAUCGUGUUCAGGAUCCUUGGGGAGAGCCAGUCUUCACCUCCAGAAAAUUCAGGUGCAGUUCCUGCAAUUCCAAAGGAUAAAUCUCCAAAGGAGAAUGAACACAGCAAACUUAUUAAUGUCAAUCUCCAGCAAACUCUUUCCAAUCGUGACAGUCCCAGAAUUAUUCCCAAAUUAAUUCUAAAGGAGGUUAUAGACAGUAAAAAUCAUAAGAGAUUUUGGAAAAAGAAGAUGGCCGCUACACAUCAAUCAAGCUUACUCCAAAAUGCUUACAAAACAGUGGUUCUCCGGAAAAGAUCAAAGUUUUCAGAAAAAAUGGCUCUUUGGCUUCAGCUGAUAGCAACCGACAUCGUUAGGAAGUAUGUCCGCGGCCGUAGUUUUACACGCCACCGGAGGCGUCAGUCAAAGACUGUUUUUAUUCGAAUGCAACUGAGGAAGAAGAAGAUCGUCGCCAGGAAGAUAAAGGAGGCCAAGAGAGCAGCCGCUGAAGCGCGCGCGCGUGCGCGUGCGCGUUCGCGUUCGCGCCUCUGCGUGGUCUCAGUUGUCCCGGCUGUUCCCGAAGAGCCACAGCCGUCAAGCAGCGCGGCGGCGGCGGCUGCGGCUGCGGGGCCCGCACUGCUGCCCGCUGUCUCUCCCGCUGCGAAUGCUGCUGCGGGAGUAAAGCGCUACCGGAAAACCUACCGAAGGAGGAAGAAGAAGAAGCAGCUGCCCGUGAGAGAGUAUGACCUGAGAAGCUCAAGUUCCACAUCAACAUCAAACGCCGCCGACAGGAUGGUGACACGUCGUCGUCGCACAAGCAAAUCGAGAAGCAACGAGGCAAAAUAAAAGCCGCAUAUCGUGGCUGAUGGAGAGAUCAGUCCUCACUUGAAUGGAACACAUUCGGACUUGAAUGGACAUACUUUUCCCAGCUUUGGUGGGGAAACUGACACUAUCCUUACACUAUUUUGCUACAGAUAUUAUUUUUCAGAGAUUUUAUAUUCAUUUAAGAUUAGUGUUUAGGGUCCUUUUUUUUUUUUCUUUUAAAGGUUUAAAAGCAAACUUUGUCCCGUUUCUGUAGAAGAGCUUCAUCUUAAUUUGUCUUAUAAUUUAGCAUAGAAUUUUGUCCCUUAAAUCAUGUCCACAUUCAUUUCCUCUGGAAAUCUUUCGUGCCACAAAGUUAUAACACUGGGAGAAUGAACACAGCAAACUUAUUAAUGUCAUCUUUUAAACAAUUGGACAGACGUCUUUACUGAAUUACCAUGCUUACAAGUUGAAUCGUCAAUAAGUAUUCUAACUGGAUGAAUAAAAAGCGACAUUGUGCUAUCUGAGUUUUCGACUAUGAUUGACUUGAAUGUUCACAAAAAUGUAAUUUAUUUUUCUUUUAAAGGCAUUCCACGAAAUAAUUCUUUAAUUGAGGUUUCUUUUUUCUUUUCUUUCUUUCUUUCUUUUUUUUUUUUUUUUUUUUUUUAAAGUGCCUGGUGAUUUUUAUAGACAACAGAGAUUCUCCUUCAUUUAGAUUGGAUCUGCAAGUCUGUAGCUUUCCUUGUUUGGACACAUACCCACAAGCCUGUUCAUUGGCAUUAUUAACCUUAUACGAAAAAAGACUUUGCAAACAUGAUUAGGCGUUUAAACUACCUUUUCUCCCUUUACUAGUAGUCUAAAAUGAAAAUCCAGGUAAUUUUUAUCAUCUUAUUAAUAUUUCAGGCACCAUUUAAAAUAUUGAAGUAAAGUUAUUGGUUUGAUAAUAGUGUGUGGGUUGGCCAUUGUCAAUGAGUGAAAAACUUGAACAUUUCAGAACACUUAAACUAGUAACUUAACUAGAGACCCACUUUACAAGUGAGAAACGAUUUAUACAUCCAUCAGUUUAUCCUCAACUGUCUAAUUAUCUUAAACUAGUUAGAUAGUUCAAGGUGAGACUAAUUUGACAUCUUCAACUACCUAAUUGAUUUGAACAGUUCAGAUAAAAGAUGCUUGGAUACACAGUGUGAGCCUCUGGUACUUGAGUCUAUUCCUUUAAAGGGACGUUGACUGACCGGGUGCAGAUGCAUCCUAGUUCUUGUUCAGUCAAGACCUCAAUCUCUUUCUGUCAUCAACGUUACAAGGAAACAAAGUUUCCCUUUACUGUGUAACUAAUAUAUCUUAGUGAAACUAGUGUCAGUGUUAAGCUGUGUGUUGAUUUCAGUGAUAAAACUGUGUUACCUUAGAAUUAAUGAAAUAUCAAUGUGGUUUUGUUUCAGGUGCCAUUACUUAACCUGUGAGUCAUUAAUGGUGAUACUGUCAUUACUUCUAAAUAUAAGCAGUAAUUAUAUUGCAGAGUGGACAAAUGUGUUUUUUUUAGUUGGCAAGUAACGUGUUUGAUUUCUUCAACCUUGCCUCCUGAUUAUACAAACAUUUUAAUUCCCUUUCUUAAAAAAUAUCCCAGUAAGCCACUAGUUUUUUUUUUUAAUCUUUAAGUUUUAAUUAAGGAAGAAAACUGUUUCACUGAUUAUGAAGUAAACAUGUAAAAGAACUCUGUUUGCAGGUAUUAAUGUCUUUUGUAGUUCCCAGACACCCUAAUGUCUUUUGUAGUUCCCAGACACCCACUAAAAUAAACACUCCUGCAAUAUAAGUUAAAAGAGAGAGUUCAUAUUCAAAUAACCUACCAUGGAAUUAUGCCAGAUUAUGUCUACUAUGAUUAUAUUCUGCAAUGGGGAGUAUUCUUAUAAUUCAAAUGAUAAAAAUUUCAAGUUCAAAAAUAUUACAGUUUUUUUUUCCCACAAAUUGGAAACUUUUCUAAGUAUCAUUUUAAGGAAAAGAUUCCUAUGUAAAAUUCACAUCACCCACAUAUAAAAUGUCUGCUACAGGUUUUGUUUAGCAUUUUGCAAGUGUUUACUAAGUUCUUCUAAGGAAUAUUAUUUUAGGCAAGCUUGGAAACUUGAAAUUAUAAAACGUAAGUUAAAUUGGAAGUGAAUUUUUCAGAAUCUGAUAGGAUACAAGAUGUGCCCCUUUGUCUACAUGAAUAUUGGCUUAAUUUUCAGGCUAGGUUGAAACAAUUGCUUAUUUUGUGUAGUCAAGAGUGCAUUUUAGUCUUUUAAUAGUAGUACAUCAAAUUACAACCAUAGUGAAUAUUUUGUUAAUCUUGUCCUCUUCAGUAUCUUGAAUAGACUUUUAUUGUAAUUGUCCUGGUGUAUACAGUGUGUGGACAAUAUUGUGUAAAGAGUGUUUUUUGCAUUUGUGCAUUUAAAUUAUUUAUGUAACUAGGGCUCUGAGUAACACUUUUUCUUUUGCUUAAAGAAAGCUAUAUUUAAAUAUUCAAAUAAUUAUAUAUUUCCAUGUAAAACUAAUGUGAAGACCGAUGUAUUUUUUAUAAUGCAAUUUAAAGUGUAGGCUUGUUUUGAUGUUAUCAAGAUAAAUUUAUUAAAUAUUGAAAUUUGUGUGUACUCUCUCCUCAUAUUAGAACCUUUUCCUGGAAAUACUUAAAAAGAAUCAGAGAGUAACCAAGUCUGAAGUAACUCUGUAAAAGGCCUGAGAGAUGAUAAAUAAGAGAGUGCAAAUGUUGAUGCUGGCGAGAAAAUAGUUUAACCAAAGAUGCACAGUUGUACUCUAAUCAGUAGUUAUUUCAAAAGAUUAAAUGACCACUCAUGUGCAUGGUGGAGUGAUGGGGCAGCUGUGUUUUACUUGUGCACCUGUACUGAAAGGAUUGAGUUCAGGAGCAGGAUCCAUCCCACCAUCUGACCCCUUUUGGGAAAGGAGAACCCCAAACCUUCCAUCUACCUCCCUGUCUUCUAGUGCCAUAGCGUAAGACCGUGCCGACAGGAUGACAUGGAAGAGUAUGUCAGGGAAGAGUGAGACAGGCUUUGUGACCCUAGAGUUGUUGACUUACAGGGUUUGUUUCUAGAAUGAGAAUAUCUUACUCUUUCCAAUGAGAAAUUACUUUGUAGUAAAGGACUUUUAUGUUUAGAAUCAUGGAAUUACAGAAUUAUACACCAAAAUGCCAACUUGGGGAAAUGGAAGGUAAGGAGAAGGCAUUUCCUCAUCUCUUGUUCAAAUGAACUCAGAUAUUAAAGGGGGGAAAGGAUAAUUUAAAACAUUUCCCUUUGUCCUUAUACUUUAUGUGUGUAAAGUUCCAAGUAUUUUAAGCCAUGGGCUUUGUUUUUAAAACUGAUUUGCUUUGAUAAGGAUUAGGUCGAGGCUGAAGAAGUUUGUUGCUGGGACUUUACAUUAUUUCUAGGUUUGUUUAUUGAUUUUAAUAACCUUUAAACCUGGAAAGCAAUUUAUUUACCAGAUUUACUCCUCCCAAAUUUAGUGUUUGUACAUAUCGAGCCCUUCUUGAGGACAGCACAUUUCCCUAAGCUUUAACUGCUUCGUGUCCCUUGAUCUUUGUAUUUGGGAGCCUUGGAUUCUAGAACGAUUACUAGAGAGAAAACUGAGGCAUAGAGUAGUUAACCCCCAUUUAUAGGCCAUCUCUCUCUUCUAGGUUCUGUUUCCCUAGUUUCCCUGCUUAGUUUAUAAAAACGGUACCUUUAUGUUAGCCUUUGUGUAGUUUUUUCUUGCUUUGUUUCACUUUGGUUUUUUUUUUUUUUUUUAAUUUGUUUUGUUUAUCAGGGUUAGGGUUUUUGUUGUUGUUUUCUUUGUUGUUUUUCGUUUGUUUGGUUGAGAAUCUCCUUUGUUAUAUAUAGCAUGCUGAGUAUUUUGGGUUUUUAGUUACUUUUUAGCAAGUAGUUUUAAAUUGACUUCAAAUUUAAUUUUGUUGUCUUUCUGCCUCUGAGAGUUGAACCCAGGGCCUUGUGUGUGUGUGUGUGGAUUAGGUGCCCUGUUGCUGUGUUGUACUCCAGUUCUCAGACAGUUUUUAGUGACCAGAGUUUUUGUCUCCUGACAGCAAGUGAGAAAGCCAGCAGGUGAGGCUAGCAUUGUUCCCUUCAUGGCUCUUUAUGAUCUGAUUACUCCUCAGAUCCAAGACUGGGCAGCAGAGUCGCCUUUUGGGGUGUUCUUGUGGCGCACUUGAGUGUUGAAUGCUCUUUGGAUCUUUGACUCUCCUUUUCCUGCCCAGCGUCAGCAUUCCCUGUGCUCAGUCAGUCCUCAGUUUCAACACACGCACGCACGCACGCACGCAUCACCUCAUGCUCUCAAUCCUUUCAUGAGGGAUUGCUUACAGGGAACUGAAAUCUGAGAAUGGUAACCACCAAAUUGCUGGUUUAAUCCAGAUGUGUGCCACAGAGCCAGGAACUGUGUUGGUGACAGCCUCUUGGUUACGUUGUUCAGCAUAUUUAGAUACCAUCAAAACCAGGAAGUCAACAUUGAUCUCAUCUAUCUACUCUGCAGACCUUGUUAAAAUUUCACAAAUUAUCCCAAAAUGUCCUUAUAGGUCCUGGAUUUGAUCCACAUUUCUGGACUUGAUGGACUUUGUUGGUUUCUUCGGUGUGGAGCAAUUUCUCGCCUGUCUGUAUUUGAUAGCAUGGCAUUUUAACAGUACUGCUUUAUUUGUGGGAUAUCCUUGAGUUUAAGCUUGUCUGAUGUUUCUUUGUAACCUGCAUUUUUGGAAUUCUGUGUUCUUCUCAGUGUGUAUUAACUGAAGCCAUGUGAUGUCAGUUUGAAUAAAUGUGGUGAUAGAAUA